CGUAGACUUCGAUCUGAGUGACGACAUUGUACUCGCAGCAUAUCUAGCCGGGUGUGCAUGUCUAGCUUACGUGAAUACCUAUAUGACUAAAGUACCAUUGCAUACGAAUAUACAAACUGGCUUAGAAUGGGUACAAUAUAUUUUAACUGGACAUGAGAAGAAAUGUCGAAGAAAUUUUAGAAUGUCAAGCUAUGUGUUUAGACAAUUGUGUAAUACACUGCGCCAGUAUGGAUAUUACGGUACCAGAGGUGUUUGCGUGGAAGAGUCUCUGGCAAUGACAUUGAUGAUACUUGGUCAUGGUGAGGGUAACAGAAUGGUGCAGGAAAGAUUUCAGCACUCGAGUGAGACAGUGCAUCGACACAUGGGCACGGUAGUUACAUUAUUAGCCACCGUUAUGGCACGGGACAUUAUCCAACCUGCUGAUCGUACAUUUCGGGACGUGCCAGAACAUAUUCAACAUUCAGAUCGAUAUUGGCCACAUUUUAAGGGUUGCAUUGGUGCAAUUGAUGGGGUCCAUGUCCCUGUGGUCAUUGAUGUUAAGGACCAGCUCCCAUACUAUGGCAGGAAGGGGAUCACCACAACAAAUUGCAUGUGCGCAUGUGACUUUGACAUGAAGUUCACAUUCGCAUGUGUUGGAUGGGAAGGAUCAGCGCAUGACACGAGGAUUUUUUACAACUGCGUCAAUAAUGAGAGUUACAACUUUCCGAACGCUCCAGCUGGGAAGUAUUAUUUGGUUGAUUCAGGAUACCCUAUGAGGAAAGGGUUCCUUGCACCAUAUAAGGGGGAGAGGUACCACAUUGGAGAAUUUCGGCCUUCUGAAGUGCUGCAUCGUCCAGAGGAGAGGUUUAAUUAUCUCCAUUCAUCACUCCGUUCGGUCAUAGAACGAACUUUUGGAGUUUGGAAGAAUAAAUGGAGAAUUUUGAGACAUAUGCCACCUUUUAAGAUGCACACUCAAAACUUGGUCAUUGUUGCUACAAUGGUUCUUCACAAUCUCGUUAGAACACAUGAGAUAAACAAUGAUGCUGAAUGUUCAGGAUCUACAGAGGCCACAUCAUUUGGUAGUGAGACAGGUCAUUAUGAUGCCAUGGCAGAAACAAUCUCAAUCUUGGAUGAACCUCAGAUGAAACAGGUUCGUAUGCGUAUCACAAGAUCGAUAUGUGCGGACGAUAACUGACUUUUGUGGGGAUCAUAACUUAUGGUUUUUUGAGUUCGUGGAUUUGUUUUGUUAUGAAUCAUAAGGAUCAAGUGUUAAAUCUGUAUCUUAGAAACUUUCAGGACACUUGAUAGUUUAUCCAAAUUCACACAAAAAGUGUUUUGUUGUUG